UCUGCGUUCGCCACUAGGUCUUUCACCCGCGCCAGCAAAACAAGAAUAGGCGUCCGAGGUUCUGAUCCAACCGGCGGCGGCUGCUGCAAUGGGUAUCGAUUUGAAGGCUGGAGGCAAGAGCAAGAAAACGAAGCGUACGGCUCCCAAAUCCAAUGAUAUAUAUCUCAAGCUUCUCGUUAAGCUUUACCGAUUUCUGGUGAGGAGAACUGGGAGCAGCUUCAAUGCCGUUGUGUUGAAGAGGUUGUUCAUGAGCAAGAUCAAUAAGCCCCCGCUUUCCCUCUCCAGGCUCAUUCGAUUCAUGAAGGGAAAGGUUGGGGAUUUUUGUAACUCUUUUGAGGACAAGAUUGCAGUGGUUGUGGGAGCAAUAACCGAUGACAUUAGGGUUUAUGAUGUUCCAGCCCUGAAGGUUACUGCUCUGAGGUUUACCGAGACCGCUAGAGCCAGAAUCGAGAAGGCAGGUGGUGAAUGCUUGACAUUUGACCAGCUUGCUUUGAGAGCUCCUCUCGGCCAGAACACGGUGUGAUACUUCUCUCGUUUAGAUAUUUUGUUCCAUGGUCUAAUUAGCAUUUCUGGUCAAAUACAUUGCUGUUAGUCCAUUGCAUUUAAUGAAUGAUUAGCUAUGGAUCUGGGUCUUAUUGCUGGAUAGUUAUAGCUUUGUGGCUUAGAAAUUAGGGUAAGAUUGGGAGCUAUUGAUGGAACUAUGAUGAGCCUAUCAGACCUGUAAUGAUUUGCGGUAAUGAUCGCAAUCUUUAUGAACAUCUAAGGGACUGAGUUCUCAGUAGUAAUCAAAUCUAUAAACAUCUAGGCAAAGUUGUUUCAGUAAUAUUCUGUGGAUGGAUGCAUGAAUUGGCCUCUUGGUUGAGUAAUGGCACUCUUGUGUCAAGUUCUUAGUUUGGUUUGUAUUGGUUUUUGCAGGUUCUUCUCAGGGGUCCUAAGAAUGCUCGUGAGGCAGUGAAGCACUUUGGCCCAGCUCCUGGUGUGCCACACAGCCACUCGAAGCCCUAUGUCAGGUCGAAGGGAAGGAAGUUUGAGAAAGCUAGGGGCAGGAGAAACAGCAGGGGUUUUAGAGUCUAAGGCGUUGGUUUUCAUAGUUUAUGUACCAGAGAUGCAGUUUGUGUUGUUUCUCCUACAUUUCCUAUUUCCAAAAUUUUUGCUAGAAACAUAUUCCAUCUGUCAGACAAGUUCAAUCGUGUCUGCUAUCUUUUGAGUGGGAUUAUCCAUAUUAUGCACCUGACUUAUUACUCUCAAUUGGGUAUACUAAGGCUGAGGCAUCUCAUUCUUGCAGCAAAAUAUAGGCACUUAUUGUU